UUCUCUGUGUCUCCCCCCCUCCCCGUCCCUCGUCGGGCUGAGGCGAAGAAAGGGGCCAGCCUCGUCCGGGUUACGGUGGCCGGGCGGGGCCAGGCGGCGCCCGAAGCGAAAGCGAGGAGAAGGAGGGCUGGCUGCCUCUCUCCCUCCCUCCCUCCUCCGCCUCUGCGCGCGCGGCGGGCGCCGGUCCCGGCCGGACCCGGGGCUUGGCAGGCAGGCAGGCGGGCAGGCAAGAUGCUGGAAGCGGCCGGGCCGGACCCGGAGCUGGACCCGGAGGACCUGGUGCACUUCUCGGUGGGGGACCUGCCCAGCCGGGGCUACGGGGUGAUGGGCGAGAUCCGGAGGCAGGGGAAGCUCUGCGACGUCACCCUCAAGGUCGGGGACCACAAAUUCAGCGCCCACCGGAUUGUCUUGGCGGCCUCCAUCCCUUACUUCCACGCCAUGUUUACAAACGACAUGAUGGAGUGCAAGCAAGAUGAAAUUGUCAUGCAGGGCAUGGAUCCAAGCGCACUGGAAGCUCUGAUCAACUUCGCCUACAACGGGCACUUGGCAAUCGACCAGCAGAACGUCCAGUCCUUGCUGAUGGGGGCAAGUUUCCUGCAACUGCAAAACAUCAAGGAUGCCUGCUGCUCAUUCCUCAGAGAGAGGCUUCACCCAAAAAACUGCCUGGGCGUGCGCCAGUUUGCCGAAACUAUGAUGUGUGCCGUACUCUACGAUGCUGCCAACAGCUUCAUCCACCAGCACUUUGUGGAGGUUUCUGUGUGCGAAGAGUUCCUGGCCUUGCCCUUGGAAGACGUCCUGGAGCUGGUCUCGAGGGAUGAGCUCAACGUUAAGUUAGAGGAGCAGGUCUUUGAAGCCGCUCUGGCCUGGGUGAGGUACGACCGCGAGCAUCGAGAGCCCUUCUUGCCGGAGCUCCUCUCCAAAAUCCGCCUGCCUCUUUGCCGACCCCAGUUCCUUGCGGACCGCGUCCAGCAGGACGACCUCGUCCGCUGUUGCCACAAGUGCAGGGACCUCGUGGAUGAAGCAAAGGAUUACCACCUCAUGCCAGAGCGACGGCCGCACCUCCCGUCUUUCAAAACCCGCCCCCGUUGCUGCACCUCCAUCGCAGGCCUGAUCUAUGCCGUGGGAGGCCUCAACUCAGCAGCAAAUUUCUAUGCAGGCGACUCCCUGAACGUGGUGGAAGUCUUCGACCCCAUUGCCAACCACUGGGAGAAGUGCCAGCCAAUGACGACGGCCCGCAGCCGGGUGGGCGUCGCCGUGCUGAAUGGUCUCUUGUACGCCAUUGGUGGAUACGACGGGCAGCUGAGGCUGAGCACCGUGGAAGUUUACAACCCAGAGACAGAUUCCUGGUCCAAAGUGGGAAGCAUGAACAGCAAACGAAGUGCCAUGGGGACAGUCGUGCUGGAUGGGCAGAUCUACGUCUGUGGUGGAUACGACGGCACCUCCUCCCUCAACUCCGUGGAGGCCUAUUCACCUGAGACAGACAAGUGGAUGGUGGUCACCCCGAUGAGUUCGAACCGCAGUGCAGCUGGCGUUACCGUAUUCGAAGGCAGGAUAUUUGUAUCUGGCGGGCAUGACGGACUGCAGAUCUUCAACAGCGUGGAAUACUACAACCACCACAUGGCUUCCUGGCACAACGUCUCCAGCAUGCUCAACAAGCGCUGCCGUCACGGCGCCGCCUCCCUGGGCAGCAAGAUGUUCGUCUGCGGCGGCUACGACGGCUCCGGCUUCCUCAGCAUCGCCGAAGUCUACAACUCCAUGGCGGACCAGUGGUACCUGAUCGUCUCCAUGAACACCCGGCGCAGCCGCGUCUCCCUGGUGGCGAACUGUGGCCGCCUCUACGCCGUGGGAGGCUACGACGGACAGUCCAACCUGAGCUCCGUAGAAAUGUACGACCCGGAAACCAACCGCUGGACGUUCAUGGCCCCCAUGGUGUGCCACGAGGGAGGGGUUGGGGUGGGCUGCAUACCGCUCUUGACUAUCUGAGCGGAGGGCGGGAGGUGGCACGAGCCUGCGGCGCCCGAAAGCCAGGACUUCCGGAGCCGGGAGUCUGCAGGGGUGAUCUGCAGAGAGACUCGACUUCUACCGGGCGAGGGACAUCAUUUCCAGGUGCUUGGGCCAUCAUCGUUUGGGAAGCGCACAAACAGCCCCAUGGAUCAGGGCCACAGGGCCGUUGAGCGAGGUCCCGCAGUGUCACGAGAGUUUGGAGAUUUCAGGCCGUGUGAAUGAAGCCUCACCCGCCUCUUCCUCCUGGACUCUGCCAAGCUCCUUCCGUGCCUCCGCUGAUGCUGCCUUGGUCCCCUUGUGAUUGUGUCGUGGGUGUAAGUCUGCUUAGGUCAGGUGGGCUUUUCCUAGGAGUAAUCAGAUGCUUCUGUCGUCGUGCCCCUUGAAAGCUGGAAAGGGAGCUCCCUUCUCUUCCAGGGCGAGGACAGUACGUUGGCCAGGAUAACACCCACCGUCUUUUAUUUCGUGGUCAACACAGAGGUGCAAUUAUCCCCUCUCCCCAAGGAAAAAUGAAGUCAUUUCCUGCAGAGAAACACAGUUCAGGAAGGGUCUGCCCCUUCCUACACCUGGCCACUAGGUGGCGCAGAUGCACAUGCAAAGCUCUGUUUGAUGGUUUUGUCUCCGUUUGCUCCAAAGGCAAGGAUAGUUCCCCUCUUGCGUUCUAGCUGCGUGCAGAAAGCAAGAAAAGGCUCUCGUGUCUUCAGAAACAAAAAGAUAGGGCCACGGGGCAAGGAAGGCUUUGCAGCCUUUUGCCACUGACCCACAGCCCAGGAGAAUGCCAUUACAGGCUCUGCAGAGCUUUUGGGAUGAGGCUUUCAUCCCUGAAGUUCCUGGAGAGUUGCACUUUUGCAUGCCAGAGCCUGUUGGCCGUGGGAACCAUUCAGAGGCAAAGCGUUCAGAGGGAGCGUGUAGCGUAAGGGGCCCCAAUCCUGUCUCUGAAGAACUCCGAAACAGCAGAUCAGGCUGCGUGUUGUCCGAACAGCAGUAGUUGGCUUGGCAUCGUCAACACAUCCAUACAAUUUCCUGGAAACUAGAUGUUUCGGCUGAGCACCGUCAUGCCCACAAAGUUGUUCCUGUGCCGCUUGCAGUGACCGUUCACAUCAAAUCAAAAUUCUCAUCCCCAGAUCUGAGGUUUUUCUUUAGACAGGAAAUGCUCUUCCACUUAGGGCUAUCUUUGGAGACACACAAGCCUUAAGCAAAAAAGAGUAUCUGAUUUCUGAUGGGGAGGAACUGGGACCACGUCCUUUUGUUCUUGGGGUUUUGAGCUCUCAGAUGGUGGCAGCUUGUGCCCUGCAGGCUGUCGGGUGUCUGUUUUGAUAGCUGUUGUAGGACAUCCAUUGUCUUGCUCUGGAGAGUGAGAAAUAGCAGCUUCUAAGAGUAAACGGGAGGUUUACAGAUUUAUGAGCGAGGGCCAAAAAGGCCAGGGAGAAACCUGUGAGUUAGGAUGAGUAUACAUACCCAAUUCUUACGGGGGCAGCAUUUCCUCAUGGUGGUCCUUCCUCAUCCCACCCCCACCCCCCUUAAAAUUAUCAGCUGUUUAUCAGCACAGGGGCUACUUGGUUUUCAGACCAACACCUUCCUUACUCAAAAUCUAGCUUCUACUCUGUCCUCCACCUAUGCUAAGCACUAUCAGGUUGCCAAAUUUCAAGCUGGAAAAAGCUGCGUGUCUUCCCUCUCUCUCUUUCCACCUUUCAAGGAACUGGUAGCAUCAAAGCCAAAUCGAGGUACUGUCGAAUGUGUGUGUGUGUGUGUGUGUGUGUGUGUGUGUGUGUGUGUGUGUUUUCAAAACCACUGUAGUUUAACACAGUGGCAACGAGUCAGCUCUGCUGUUUCCCCUCCAUCAUUCUUCUGUCUGAACAUUACACCGCUCCAGUUUUGCACAAAGAUCGAAAGGCCAGUUGGGUCCUCUGAACCCCCCCUUCCCCCCUUAAGUUAAAUGGGCUGUGCCCCUAUACGUAGGUAGCUUUUAAAUACCUGUUAGAGCUGCUUCCAUUUUAAAACGACUCCUGCCACCUACAUUCCCGUUGGGGCAAGAGAGAUUCCGACACCCGACAUCUUGAAAUGAGACGUUUUCACACAAGUUGCUCAGAGGAACUUAACUCAGUUGCAAGACUUGCGAGCUGAAAAUUGCAGAGGGAGCGAGUGUUGAAUUAACGUACGCUGGAUGCGCUUGGGAUUUCCGUAGCCUGUGAUUUUGUGCAUGCCCUUCAUCCAUGAACAGUAUUGUGAAUUUCCAUAACUGCCAGGAGAAAACCGAUUUCGGGCAAGAAACUCGAAACGACGACGAGAGUCCUGGAUCGAGAAGGGGCUUCUGAGCAUCCCGGCGAGCCUUUCCGUAUAAACGUAACAAGGCCAUCCACUUGUGUCAAUGUGAAAUCAUGUACUUUAAAAAAAAAGUGUUGUCCGUUCUUGUGGUGGUUGGUGAAAUCCGAGGCAGAGUGAAGGUUAGGUGACGAUACCUCCACUCUCCCUAGCCCAAAUAUAUUUAACUUGAAAGAAACUUUA